AGACGGCAUACGAUGUAUACUUAUCGCACGCGUGGCGAAACACGCGAGUAAUGAAUUAAACGAGCAGCAUUAUCCGCAACCAAUGCCUGAAAUUCGACUUGGCGAUGACGCCGCCGGCGAGCAUGGAGCAAUAUCGACUCGAGCAGGAGGCGUUCGUCUCGAAUCACGGGGGCACGACGCCGCAGGAGGUGAUUUUCACGCUUCUGCCGACCGUAUGCGGCGUCCUGCUGGCGGCGACGACUCUGGGGAUCCUUAAGAAGUACACCCACGAAAAUGUGAGAGCCGUCGUGGAAUUCACACUAACUGUCAUCCCGACUAUCUUGUGUUGUACCGUAUUGUCAGAAAGCAUCGUCGCCGUGUGCGUGACAAUGGUAUUGAUUUCUCUGCUAAACAUAAUGCUGCUCUUGAGAAAAAGAGUUAAUCUCACCGAUUUAACUAUGCGGCCGGUCACCG